CACAAAAAUUUAUUACAAUAUCAAUAUACAAAUUAAAGAGGCAGUCGAAUGAACUUAAGAAAAAUAAUUGGUUUUAAGAAUUGGAAAUAACCGACCAAAAUGCAACAACUGGAACACACUUGGUGCAACAUGAAUGGUCAAUCAAAGAUGUGAGGACGACAAAACUUACAUAUUCUCCCUUAUAUAUAAGUAUAAUGUGUGAAGAAACAUUGGGCAAGAACUCAAAGAAGAGGCAUAUCAGCAUUAGCCAAAAUGCCAAUAUCUUUCCCCAUGAAUGGUGGUGAUUGUGCUUACAGCUACUCCAGAAACUCCCAAAUACAGAGAGAAGUGUUAGAUGGUGCAAAGGAGCUGGUGAGAGAUGCAAUUAUUCAAAACCUUGACAUCAAAAUCAUGUUAUCUUCUUCAAACACAUUCCGUAUUACAGACUUGGGCUGUUCAAUUGGACCAAACACAUUUAGGUCAAUGCAACAUGUUGUACAAGUUGUAAAGGACAAGUACCAUAAUCAAAUACUCACAAAUUCCACUAAUAAUAUUCCUGAAUUCCAAGUAUUCUUCAAUGAUCAUAUCACCAAUGAUUUCAACACCCUCUUUCAAUCACUACCCGUCGAUCGAUCCUACUAUGCAUUCGGAGUUCCAGGAUCUUUCCAUGGUAGAUUAUUUCCAUCACGAUCGAUACAUUUUGCGCAUUCUUCUUGUGCUAUACAUUGGUUAUCUAAGUGUCCAGAAGAGUUGCUAGAUGAAAAAUCCCCAGCAUGGAAUAAGGGAUUGAUUCACUAUGUAGGUGCCUCAAAUAUUGAAGUGGUGAAUGCUUAUGUUGCUCAAUUUGCAAAGGACAUGGAAGUUUUCUUGAAUGCAAGAGCUGAGGAGAUUGUUCCUGGAGGAAUGAUGGUGCUACUUUCACCAUUUUCGGGUUAUGUACGUCUCAUGAAAUUUUUUGGGUCUAGUCUUAUGGAUUUGGUAAAUGAGGGAAUGCUUGAAGAAUCUCUAGUUGACUCUUUCAAUUUGCCAUUGUAUUUUCCCUCUCCUGAAGACAUGACUAAAGUGGUGGAGAGAAAUGGUUGUUUUAGCAUUGAGAGAAUAGAGUUGACAUCUCUGAAAUCAAAGCUUGUGGAUGAGGCUGAUGCAAAGAUUUUAAUGAUAAACCUAAGGGCUGCUUUAGAAGGAGUUUUGAUCAAUCAAUUUGGAAGUAAAAUUGGAAAAGAAGCUUGUGAAAGGACUAUUCUUAAAAGCGAAGAGAUUUCAGCAUGGAUGAAAGCUAAUUACGAGACAACAUGCCAAUUAUUUGUCGUUUUGAAACGUAAAUGAAUUUCUAUAGAAGAAUCUAUAUAUAUAUUAUAUAAUUUUUCAUCAAUCAAUUUGGAAGUAAAAUUGCAGAAAAAGCUUGUGCAAGGGCUAUUUUCUAAAGUGAAGAGUUUUCAGUAUGGAUGAAUCAUGAAAGCUAAUUUCGAAAAAUCAUGUCACCUAUUUGUCGCUUUGAAGUGUAAAUGAAUUUCUGUGGAGGAAUCUAUCUAUAUAUUACAUAAUUCAAAUAUAUAGAAAUGAUAUGGCACAUCUCCUAGGCCAAGUUCUGUAUU